UUCUCUUGUUCUCAGCAUGGUGUGUCUGUGGUUCCCAGGAGGUUCCUGGAUGACAGCGUUGACAGUGAUUCUGAUGAUGAUGAGUCCUCCUCUGAUUUGGGCCAGAGACACUCGAGUUGAGCCCACAGUGACUGUGUAUCCUACCAAGGCCCCAUCCCUGCAGCACCACAGCCUCCUGGUCUGCUCUGUGAAUGGUUUCUAUCCAGGCCAAAUUGAAGUCAAGUGGCUCCGGAAUGGCCAGGAGGAGGAAGCUGGUAUCGUUUCCACAGGCCUGAUUCAAAAUGGAGACUGGACCUUCCAGAUCCUGGUGAUGCUUGAAACAAUGCUUCAGAGUGGAGAGGUCUACACCUGCCAUGUGGAGCACCCAAGCCUGACGAGCCCUAUCACAGUGGAGUGGAGGGCACAGUCAGAAUCUGCCCAGAGCAAGAUGCUGAGUGGGAUAGGAGGCUUUGUUCUGGGUCUUCUCUUCCUUGGAGUGGGGCUGUUCAUCCACUUCAGGAAUCAGAAAGGACAGUCUGGAAUUCAGCCAACAGGACUCCUCAACUGAUGUGAAGAGGGUAACACUGAGGAAACUUCUGUGCUUCUUCUGUGCUUCUUCACAGCAUUUAAGUUCUCCUGCUGCUGUUGUUCCACAUAGAGAACCCUUUCUCAGAUUUGAUUGCUUCCAUUACAUCCUUGACCUAGAAGGCCUCAGUAUUGAUUGAAAUCCUCCACUUUUAUUCCUGCCCAGUUUCUUUUGUAUUCAACCCUCAGGUCUUCCAUGCAAAUGAACUCACCUUCAGCCAAUAUUUCUUUAUGGUAUAUUUUUUUCCUCAAAUAUACAUGAAAUGAUCUGCUUUAUACAGCUUCAAGGACAAGAAGUAAAGAGAAAUGAUAAGUUUUCAUUUAUAUCCCUGAAUUUUCAUUAUAUGAAUCAGAUUGAUUUGUUUCUGUGGUUUUCUGCAUUCUGUAAUUUAGUCAUUAAAGAUUCUGAGAUCCAAUUCCAACGUGUGGGAGAUUUCCCACACUACCAAGCAAUUAUCUGUCACUAACUGAGUAUCCCACAGUUCUACUCCAUUUUGACACUGUCUAUCUGGAGAUACUGUCAGGUCCCACGGGUUAAGUGUUCAGCAUUACCAGAUUGGCCCGUCCCCUCUGCUAGGGAUAUAAAAGGGCUCUCACUCACUCUCCCAGAGGAACACAGCUCCAUUUCUGCAAUUCCAGUCCAGCUGGGGUCAUUGCUUGGAUUCAAGGACCAUAUGAGCUCUGGCUGGUCUGGGAGCCCUGAGGAGGCUCUUUCAACUGUAGUUUCCCCCAACUUUAUUGGAAAAGUAGGCAGGAGGGGGCACCCCACUUAGUCUGAGGAGCUGAGAGUGAUGGGAACAAAGUGUGCAGUAUUAAGAGGAUCCCCUCCCCACCUAAAAAUGAAAACCUUUAAAACCCUCCUGCUUUACUGCUCAGACAGCGCUCCCCUUUGCUGACUCUGCCCACUGCCUCUUGCAUUGUUCUGUCUAUGGCUGCCUAAUAAAUUGUGUUCCUGUAUUU